UGGGAUAUCUACAAGUAGCUCUCUCUUCCUUUCUCUCUCUCUCCCUCCCACCACUCUUUUAGAAUAAAAUAAUGAUACUUGGCUACAGAAGCAAAAUCAUAUUACCAUUUUCUCACCAUAAUUUGGGAAAUGGCAAAUUAUGUUCAUCUACUAAAGAAAAUACAAUUUGCCAGAGACCAUGUAGAGGAGUAACAUGCAGCUAUAGUAUUGCUUCAUCACUGGAUAGUUUCGAAGAGGCAAAGGAGAGAAUAAAGAAAACAUUUCAGAAAGUAGAGUUAUCUCCUUCUUCUUAUGAUACAGCAUGGGUAGCUAUGAUACCUUCAAGAAAUUCUGUAAAACAGCCAUGUUUUCCACAGUGCUUGGAUUGGAUUCUUGAAAAUCAAAGAGAAGAUGGAUCUUGGGGAUUAAAUCCUAGCCAUUCAUUGCUUGUCAAGGACUCCCUUUCUUCAACUUUAGCAUGUUUGCUUGCCCUCCGCAAAUGGGGAGUUGGAGAUAACCUAGUCCAAGGAGGUAACAUUCUUCAAUAAAUUUCUUUUGUGAGA